AUGGGUGGAAAACAAUUUAUUGAUGCAUGUGCAGCUCCUAGAAAUAAAACUAUACACCUUGCUGUUGUUAUGAAGGGUGAAGGAAAAAUUAUUGCUUGUGAACUUAAUAAAGAUAGAGUUAAGAGGUUGGAACACACCACAAACUUGGCAGGGGUCACCAAUGUGGAAGUUUUGCACGAGAAUUUCAUGAACUUGAAUCCUGAAGAUGAAUUGUAUUCCAAGGUUCGGACUAUAUUGUUAGACCUUUCAUGUUCUGGAUCUAGGAUAGUCGCUGAUAGAUUAGAUUAUCUGCUUCCAUCACAUAGCUCAGGUAAUGGUGAUGGUGAUGACGUGGGCCGACUCCACAAACCUGCUGCUUUCCAGGAGAAGGCAUUAAUUCAUGCAUUAUCUUGUAAGUUGGAAUUCAACAAUUCAGGAGAAGGCAUUAUGGUGACUUGUAAGCCUCAGAUAUGGAAUGUGUGGCAAUAUGAACUGGUCAAGGCUGAUUAA